GUUUACUACGUCAGCGGAAGUACGUGGUUUGUGGCUCAGUUGCUAAGCUGCAGCCGCCGAGGAGACACCAGACUGUCAACAAGUUCUCAUGGGUUCCUAAAACAGCUUAACCAUCGACGGUCUGACCUUUAAACUUUGACCCCCCGAGGAGUCCGAUGGUUACCGGCGGACAGACGAAGGUAACCCGACCCUGAGGCACCACACUGAGCCCGUUCACAUUCCUCCUCUCCACCGUGACCUAUACUGAAGCAGUGCUGGAGAAGCUGUGCAGUGUGUUUCCUUUUUAGAGAAUCAGGAGGAGGACGCUCAGAGCUCAGGCUGAAAGAGAAGCUGAUGUCUGUCCUCGGUCGUCCUGACUUAACUUGAUGCAUUAACCUCGGCACUGGUUGAGGAUUUCAAACAAAGCAGCCAGGCUCCCAGUGUGACCAGUAUGGCUGCUGCCAACACCACCAAGAUCUCAUGGAGGCUACAGGAGUUCGAGGCUCACUCCCGCAGCGUUUCCUGUUUGUCUCUGGCAAAGAGCUCCGGCCGCCUGCUGGCCACAGGAGGGGAGGACUGCACGGUCAAUAUCUGGGCUGUCAGCAAGGCCAACUGCAUCAUGAGUCUGACGGGUCACAAGAACCCAGUGGAGUGUGUCCUGUUCAACAUUUCAGAGGAGCAGGUGGUGGCCGGUUCAAGGUCUGGAUCAAUACGAAUCUGGGACCUGGAGGCUGCAAAGAGUUUAAGGACUCUGAUGGGACACAAAGCCAACAUCACCAGCCUGGGCUUCCAUCCGUUUGGAGACUUCCUUGCCUCAAGCUCCAUGGACACAAACAUCAAGCUGUGGGACGUGCGGAGGAAAGGAUACGUGUUCAGAUACAAGGGUCACACUCAGGCGGUGAGGAGUUUGGCCUUCAGUCCAGACGGGAAGUGGUUGGCCUCAGCCAGCGACGACUGCACCGUCAAGCUGUGGGAUCUCACUCAGGGAAAGACAAUCACAGAGUUCAAAUCUCACACGGCGGCCGUCAACAUCGUUCAGUUUCACCCCAACGAGUACCUGUUGGCAUCAGGCAGCUCCGACAGGACCAUCAAGCUGUGGGAUCUGGAGAAGUUCAGGAUGAUUGGCUCAUUGGAGGGAGACACGACUCCCGUCAGGAGUAUAUUCUUCAGCCCUGAUGGCAGCUGUCUGUACAGCGGGGCCACAGACUCUCUGAGGGUCUUUGGCUGGGAGCCCGACCGCUGCUUCGAUGUGGUGCCUGUGGGCUGGGGGAAAGUCGCUGACCUCGCAGUGUGCAACCAGCAGCUGAUCGGAGUGUCUCAUGAGCUCUCCAGUGUGUCGUCCUACGUGGUGGAUCUGAAGCGGGUGAAGAAGAGCGGUGGCUCUGUGAUCCAAGGAAUCAUCAAGGACAACCAGCCGCUCACAGAGCCCAAGGAUCCCAAAGGAGCAGCGCUGCGGAGGAACUACGAGAGACCCACAACCACCUGCAGCUCACAGAGGUUGAGGCAGAGUUCAGAAGCUGAUAGGCGGAGCCCUGAAGGUGAGAGGCGGAGCCCGAGUGAAGACGAGGCGGAGGAGAAAUUGUCGUCCGCUGAAAUCCACAACGCUGAAGAUUUCAAAGAGAUCUUUCAGCCGAAGAACGCCAUCUCUCGCACUCCUCCCAAGAUGUCUGAACCUUUCCCUGCUCCUCCAGAGGACGAGACGAUCUUAGCGAUCGGCCGUCAGCUGAAGGAUAUGAUAUCUCCGUUUCCCGACAAGCAGCAGGCUGCUCCGCUGGCCUCCUCCACCCCUGUUCAGAGGGUGGAGCCUACAGUGGUGUCGUGCGUUAAGCGCCCUGUCCCCUCGGCUGUCGUCCCACCACCUGCCAACCCUCCCUCCUCUGGCCUGCCUCCUCCCUCUCAGCCUGUGGUCAUCACGGCGAAGUCCAAACCACAACCUAAAAUCAUCCUCAGCACCAGGAACGAGCCCAUCGGCCUGAACGUGGCCGACUUUCUGCCGUCUUCUCCAAACAACCGAGCCGGCGCUCUGAGCGACGAGGAGGCGCUGUUACAGAUCAAAAAGGGUCACGACACCAUGUGUGUGAUGCUGAGCAGCCGACACAAGAACCUGCAGACGGUCCGAGGGGUGUGGGCCCGGGAGGACAUCAAGAGCGCUCUCGAUGCUGCUGUCUCCAUGAACGACCUUUCUAUUGUAGUGGACAUCCUCAACAUCAUCAACCUGCAGCCGUCUCUGUGGAAGCUGGACCUGUGCACAACGAUCCUUCCUCAGAUUGACAAACUGCUGCAGAGUAAAUAUGAGAGUUACAUGCAGACCGGCUGCACGUCUCUGAAGCUCAUCAUGAAGCACUUCUGGAUGCUGAUCUCGGACACGCUGAAAGCAACGCCCUCUGUGGGAGUGGACAUCACACGAGAGGAGCGACACCACAAGUGCAGAGCGUGCUGCAAGCAGCUGAAGAACCUGAGCAACGUGGUGAAGAACAAAUCGACGCAGGUCGGCCGUCACGGCAGCGCCUUCAAAGAGCUGCAGCUGCUCAUGGCGCCGCUCGACGACGCUCUCUGAGAGAGACUGAACUGAACCACCCGAAUCCAGCCUGCCAAUCAGACGGUGGGGGAUCCUCAGGUGUCAGCUGACCUGCAGCAGGAGCUCGCUCCAAGCUUCACCUGUUCAAACAUUUCUGCACUUUGUGUCUCGAUGUGGUCAUGUGACUGAAACCCUCCAGAGGCCUCCGUCACUCCCGAUGGAGGGAGAAGAACUGUGUGAAUAAAAGUGUUAUUUAAUCUUCUGUUCUCUAAAGAAACACGCUGACAGUUUGAGGUUUGUCAAAGAAUCAUGUCGGUUUGAUGAGCGUCCUGCAGGAAACAGUCUGACACAGACGCAGGUCUGAGUCCUGAACGCAGACUAAUGCUGCAGUACAGAAGCCAGAGACUCAACAAUCCACGGGUUCAGCUCAUCACAAGCUGCAGGGUCGAGUUUAAGACGGUCAGCUCUCCCCUCUGAGAGUACAACGACAAUCUGAACAAAAAUAUCCUGAGAACAAAAUCUAAACUAAACUCAAGUUGAAACAUUCCUGAGAGGUUUGAAUGGAUCUCCUCAUCUCUCAAUAAAUAUGAAAUUGAAGCCAGCAGUCUGUUAGCUUAGCUUAGCACGACGACUGGAAGUAGCUAGUCUACCAAAAUCCUCCUCAGUGCACCUCUCACUAAUGAACACAGGUCGUUACUGUAGAGAUAGUCUCACCUGAAAUGUGGAUCUGUCGUUACACUCUGAGGCUCAAACACUCGAUCACUUUGUUACACUGGAUGUAGACUAGAGGUUUUUUUACAGACUUGCUGAGAGCACGGACUCGUUUUGUUCUCAGGAUGUGACUAUCAUUGACUGACUUUCUCAAACACAGGAGUUCACCUGAGGAGAGAAAAACCAGAACCACAUUCCCAGACACUGAAGAGAUUUUAAACAUCGUCAUUGUCCUUUUCUACUCUCUCUACUUUUCACACUGUUAGAUACACGAUGAUAAAUGUACAGUUCUCCUGUUUAUUUAAAUAAAGUUGUACAUGUGGGGACUCA